AUGAGGAACAUCUUCAAGAGGAACCAGGAGCCCAUUGUGCCUCCUGCCACCACCACUGCCACAAUGCCAGUUGUCCCUGUAGACAACUCCACCGAGAGUGGGGGCACUGGAGAGAGCAAGGAGGACAUGUUUGCCAAGCUGAAGGAGAAGUUCUUCAAUGAGAUCAACAAGAUUCCCUUACCACCCUGGGCACUGAUCGCCAUUGCUGUGGUCGCUGGCCUCCUGCUCCUCACCUGUUGCUUCUGCAUUUGUAAGAAGUGCUGCUGCAAGAAGAAGAAGAACAAGAAAGAGAAGGGCAAAGGCAUGAAGAACGCCAUGAACAUGAAGGACAUGAAAGGGGGUCAGGAUGAUGACGAGGCAGAGGGAGGCCUGACCGAGGGAGAAGGUGAGGGAGAGGAAGAGAAAGAGCCAGAGAACCUGGGCAAACUGCAGUUUUCCCUGGACUAUGAUUUCCAGGCCAACCAGCUUACAGUGGGCGUUCUGCAGGCUGCGGAACUGCCUGCCUUGGACAUGGGAGGCACGUCUGACCCUUACGUCAAAGUCUUCCUCCUUCCAGACAAGAAGAAGAAAUAUGAGACCAAAGUCCAUCGGAAGACACUGAACCCUGCCUUCAAUGAAACCUUCACCUUCAAGGUACCAUACCAGGAGCUGGGGGGCAAAACCCUAGUGAUGGCCAUCUAUGACUUUGACCGCUUCUCCAAACAUGACAUCAUCGGAGAGGUGAAGGUGCCCAUGAAUACAGUGGACCUUGGCCAGCCCAUCGAGGAGUGGAGAGAUCUGCAAGGCGGGGAGAAAGAAGAGCCAGAGAAGCUGGGAGACAUCUGCACCUCCCUGCGCUAUGUGCCCACUGCUGGGAAGCUCACUGUCUGCAUCCUGGAGGCCAAGAACCUGAAGAAGAUGGAUGUCGGGGGCCUUUCAGAUCCCUAUGUGAAGAUUCACCUGAUGCAGAACGGCAAGAGGCUCAAGAAGAAGAAGACGACGGUGAAGAAGAAGACCCUGAACCCCUACUUUAAUGAGUCUUUCAGCUUUGAGAUCCCUUUCGAGCAGAUUCAGAAAGUCCAAGUAGUGGUCACUGUGCUGGACUAUGACAAGCUGGGCAAGAAUGAAGCCAUUGGCAAGAUCUUUGUGGGCAGCAACGCCACGGGCACAGAGCUGCGGCACUGGUCCGACAUGCUGGCCAACCCCCGGAGGCCCAUUGCUCAGUGGCACUCACUCAAGCCUGAGGAAGAGGUGGAUGCCCUUCUGGGCAAGAACAAGUAG